AUGGACCCUGCAGUGGUCGGGAGCGCUCAAUUUGGUCAGUUGUUCAAGACUCAACUUCCUGGGAACUAUGGCGGGGUAGCCGAGCAAGUGUUCGCAUCCCCGCUUGUAUACACCACCAGUGAUGGCGUUCAAUAUGUCUACAUUGCCACUCAGCAGAACAAUAUCUACAAGAUCAAUGCCAAAACCGGCGCCAUCGUGGCCUCUAGAAACCUUCACAUUCCCUUCCUUACCGCCGAUCUUGACGGCUGUGUCGAUAUCAACCCUCACGUUGGUUCAACAGCCACUGGAGUUAUCGAUCCAAACACCAAUACUUGGUACCUUACUACCAAAACCUACGCAAAUCAAAAUGUGGUUGGUGCUCAGGGUCGACCAAAUGGAAGAUACUAUGUUCAUGCCAUCAGUGUUGACGAUCUCUCUGAAAGAAGCAAUUUCCCAGUUGAUCUUGAAGGUACGGUUGCACGAAAUAAUCCCGCUCGAUCUUUCAAUGGAGGUAUUCAUCAUCAACGACCUGCCCUUUUGCACCAAGGACAAUACAUCUAUGCCGGUUUCGCUUCCCAUUGCGUUCAAUACAACUUCACUGGAUGGAUUAUGGGAUGGGACAAGGAUACCGGAAAGACUGUGGAGAUGUAUGCCACUGAGGGAGCUGGUGUCAAGAACACUGUACCAGGUGCUGGUGUUUGGAUGUCGGGUGGUGGUCUUGCGUCCGAUAAUGCAGGUUCCAUGUUCUUCGCUUCCGGAAACGGUUACGCCUCUCAACUCAACGGUAUUCCAGUCGCUGGACGUCAACCACCUACCUCACUUGAAGAGGCUGCUGUACAUAUGACUAUCAACUCCGAUGGUACCUUGACUCCAGUGGAUUUCUUUAUGCCUUGGGAGAAGACCCAGCUCGAUGGUGCAGACAAAGACCUGGGAACUUCCCCGCUCGAAAUCCUGCCAAGUCAAUUUUCUUGUGGAAAUGUCAAACGGAUUGGUGUUGUAACCGGAAAGAGUGGUAAAACCUACUGGUUGAAUCUUGACGACAUGGGCGGUUAUCAAAAUGGAGCCAACAAGCUAGAUAACGUGCUUCAAGUCUACCAAAAUGAGAACUCAGUCUAUGCUGGUGCUGGUGUUUAUCCUUUGGAAGGUGGUUACAUCUACAUCAACGUCAUUCAGUACCCUACCCAUGUCUUCAAAUUCUCCUGUGACAGCGGUGUUCCCUCAUUUACCAAAGUAGCCGAUUCCCCCGAGAAGAACGCUUAUAUCCUUGGUGUCGGACACGGAACCACUACCUCCUUGAAUGAUCAGGCUGGUACAGGAUUGGUUUGGACCCAAGACGUUGAAGGCGCAAAUCUCCGUAUCUACAAUGCUGUGCCUCAAAAUGGUCAAUUGACCUUGAUCAACUCUUUCAAUAUUCCUGGUACGACUAAAUUCAGUCGACCGGUAUUUGGUGAUGGACGAGCCUACAUGAUCACCACCACUGGCUACUUCUAUGGGUUUGGUUCACCUGUCAAUCUUCCUCUGAACUGUUCUUCGCCAUAUGACUUCGGCACAGUCAACCUCAACAACACUUCUGCGUACAAAACGAUCCAAUGUCAAGCCAGCGUCGACACCCAGGUCACCGGUCUUAGCAUUAGUGGUAACAAAAACUUCGUCAUCGGUAAUUACUCUACUCUUCCGGUAACCGUCUCUAAGGGUAAAACCUUCUCAUUCCAAGCAGCCUUCGCUCCCGGACAGGUCGGAUCUCUAUCCUCAGAUGUAUUGAUCAACACCACUCAAGGUGCCACCACUGGAUACACUACUAGUACGCCUGUCAGAUUGAAGGGUACCGGACAGAGUGUCAAUGCUAUUCUCGGGGUUACGCCAAAUACAGUCAGUUUCGAUGGUGUUAUUACCGGUCAGCAAGUCGGCGGUGUCAGUCAAUCGGUGAUCUUGCUCAAUCAAGGUAAUGCGAACCUUACCAUCACUGGAAUACAGUGUUCUGAUUCCAGCGAAACCGGUCCCUUCACUACCAAGCAGAUUAAUAACGCUUCGGUUGUAUGCGGUCCAUUUACCUUCACCAAAAUCCCCACUACUAUCGCUGGUAACAGCCAAGCCACGGUGAACAUUGCGUUCGAUCCAUCGACUUCCGGAAGUUAUGCUACGUUUUUGAAUGUGCAAUCUACUGGUGGAACCAAGGUGAUUGAUGUUCUGGGCGUGGCUGGUACAUACCCAAGUGCCUUGCUGGAAUUUCAAACUCCUGAUGGAACUGGUUGGGUUACAUACGAUAAUUCAACCGCUUUCACCUUCGGAGAUGUUCUGGAAAACACUUCCAGAAACCUCAAGAUGCGUCUGACCAAUCAAGGAACCAAUAGUUCCACAUCACUAUCAGUCACCGUUUCGAAGCCACCGUUCGGUGUGUCGGGAAUCAUCGGUGCUCAGAACCAGGUUGACCUCGCUGAAGGUACUAUACUCGGACCAGGAGAAAGUGCUACAGCCACUUUAUACUGUUCAGUACCUAAAAGCCAAAUAAACGUCGAUUCCUACUCCGGCUCUGCCCAAUGGACCAUGAACUUGGGUGAUCCCUUGUUCGGUAAACAACAUAUUCAAUUUGCUUGUAAUGCCGUUAGCGAGCAAUCUUUACCUCAAUUCGCCAACGGAACUUCGAAAUACAGGUACCAAGGAUGUUACAAGGAAAACAACCCUGGUCGACAGCUAAAGACCCAGAUUUACGGUUCUUCCUCCAACACCAACGAGAUGUGUGUCAAGGCAUGUUCAGAUGCUGGGUACACCUACGCGGGAACUGAAUAUCUCAGUGAAUGUUGGUGCUCAUCAUACCCACCUACCUUGCAAGUUGACGACGGCAAUUGCAAUUAUGCUUGUGCCGGGAAUGUUAACGAGAUCUGUGGUGGUAACGGAAUCGACCAGGCUGGAUCGUACAUUUCUCUCUUCAUGGAUGUCACUCAGGGUGCAGGUAGUGUACCAAAAGGUCCUUUCACGAACAACGGAACCAACGGAUACACUAGUAUCGGAUGUUACACCGAAGGAACCAAUGGCCGAGCCUUGUCUGUAGGUAAAGGAUUAGGCCAAGCUACCACUGUCGCCAACUGUACUGCGGCAUGUGCAGGAUACACAUACGCCGGUGUGGAAUAUGGUCAAGAAUGUUAUUGUGGUAAUACCCUCGGCGUGGGAUCAGUCUCUGCUCCCUUGACCGAUUGUAACAUGGUAUGCGCUGGUAACGCCAGCGAAUAUUGUGGUGCCGGAAAUAGACUCAACGUAUAUGCCCUCAAUUCCGCAACCACCUCGACGUCCUCUAGUGCAGUGUCAUCAUCGAUCUCGGCCUCAGCCUCAGCCUCAGUCUCCGUUUCUACGUCCACCUCUGCCACUUCAUCCCCUUCAGCUACUCCUACUGGACCUGUCCAACCUCUGACCGUCGGAUCAUACACAUUCGUGGAUUGUCAUACGGAAGCUACCAACUCCCGAGCCCUGACUGGCAAGACCGUCGCAUCCGACGACAUGACUCUUGACAACUGCGCUGCAGCUUGUUCAGGUUUCCUCUACUUCGGUGUCGAAUACGCCAGAGAGUGUUACUGUGGAAACGCUCUUUCCGCUGGAAGUGUUACUACCUUGGACGGGAGAUGCUCGAUGCCUUGUAAGGGUAACGCACUUCAAUACUGCGGUGGUUCGAACGGUCUUUCGCUGUACAUGUUCAGCAACACGACUACUACUUCCACCAGCGCAAGUGCCUCUAGUUCUGCAUCCAGCUCGGUGUCAUCGGCUAUUUCCUCCUCGGCCGCAACUACGUCAAACACCAAUUCUGUGCUCGCCUCAUCUUCGACAAGCAUUGUAGCCUCAUCCAUGGCUUCUUCCAACGCCUCUUCGAUACUUGCUUCUUCCUCCACUAGUAUCGUGGUCUCGUCUUCAAGCUCUGCCACUUCCGCUUCUUCAUCUGCCACGUCAUCUGCCUCUUCAUUUGCCUCAUCAUCUGCCGCUCCUUUGUCAAGUUCGGCAUUACCUUCUUCAUCCAUAAUCGCUUCGUCCUCAGCUGCAGCCUUAUCUGUCGCGUCAUCAUCCUCCGCAGCCCAAUCGUCAGUCUCCAGCUCGGUAACAUCAAGCUCCACAUCGUUUACAUUCAGUAGCUCGUCGUCAAGCAAAGCUGUCUCAAGCUCUGCUUCAUCCGCUGUCAGCUCUGCAGCCGCCUCGAGUUCGGUCGCUCCAUCAUCCUCCGCAUCGAAAUCUGCUUCAUCGACGAGCUCCAUUGUGCCUUCCGCAUCAGCCUCAGCCACGCCGUGGCAAUAUUUGGGAUGUGCCAACGAGACCAAUCCCCGAGCUUUGAGCUUAGCGGCGACCGCUUCAGACACUAUGACUAUCCAGCAAUGUCAGAGCUACUGUCUUUCCAAGAACUACCCUCUGGCUGGUCUCGAAUAUGGACGAGAGUGCUACUGUGGAACCGCCUUACAAUCUUACAGUACUCUCGGUUUCACGGGAUGUAACAUGCCUUGUGCUGGUAGCGCUUCCGAUACAUGUGGUGGUUCUUCCCGAUUGUCCGUAUACAACUACACUUCUUACGUAGCACCUCAAUUGAUCGCUACGGUGGGAACCUAUCAACUUCAAGGGUGUUACUCGGAGCCAAGCAAUGGUCGGGCAUUGUCAGCGUACAGUUUCUCAAACUCUACAGGAAUGACAGCCGAAUGGUGUGUCUCGGGAUGUCAACUGAAAGGAUACGCCUACGCUGGUAUGGAAUACGGCCAAGAAUGUUGGUGUGCCAAUACCCUCAGCACGAGCUCUGCCAAAUUGGCAGACUCAGCUUGUAACAUGCUUUGUCCAGGUAACCAAAGGGAAUAUUGUGGUGCGGGAUCGAAAUUGGCUCUGUACAAAGCGAAUUAA